GGCGAUCGUUGUACAGUAAUCUUGUCUCUACACAAUUUAAAUUAUUUUUAUUGGCUUUGCUGCGAUCCUUCUUUUAUAAAGUCAAGACAUCUUAUCCAAAGAUUCAAAAUGGCAGCGGGCAGUGUAGACCUGACCGAAGAGGACGCAGCCGACCUACAGUUUCCCAAGGAGUUUGAGAACGCAGAGACGCUGCUGAUCAGUGAGGUGCACAUGCUCAUUGCACAUCGCAAGCAACAAAACGAGAGUGCAGAGGAGGAGCAGGGCUUCUCCAAUGUCUUCCAGAAGACUGACACCUAUACGGAACGAUUCCGCAAGUUCAAAAAUAAGGUACCAACAUUUGUGGUUUGUCUUUUAAAUUGUUUCCUUUAUCAAUUCCUAAUAAUAGAACUCACUAGACUCAGAGAGAUGUUGGCGUUAACUUCCAAACACUGUACCUCAUUAAUGAAAAAGAGUUUUUACAGCUUUCUUGCUGCAAAGGCUUACUAUAGAGUGAACGAUUUCUGUUAUACCACUUAUAAAUUAGGCACAUUGUUAACCGAACGAAGUGAGGUCUAAGAUUCAAGUCGACGGUUUGGCAUUACUCUUAAUGU